AUGUUAUCAAAUACAUCCGACAGCCUUGAGCCACUCCCGCCACCCCCGGCGUCGGGGUCCGCCACGCGAGUCGCGACACUGACGCCGGCGGCCGGUACGAGCGGACACAGCGUCAGGACCAAGUUGGCCUUUAUAUGGAGUAAGUUUCCUGCAACAUGGAGAGAUGUGAAACAAGAUGCGCGGCGGAAGGCUGCGGAGGCUGCGACGGCAGAGCGAGCUCCACGCGACAUCAAACGUAACGCACAGAUAAAUUAUCUUUUAGCAAAACAUCAAUCAAUAUCAGAAAUA